CAUCUAAUUUUAAGUCAAUAAGUGUUGCAUUGUUUUGACAACUUUAUUGAAAUGGUAAGAUCAAAUUAAAAUGAGUGAAUAUUUAUAGAAUAAUUUGUUAUUGUCAUAUCAUUUUUAUUGUUAUAUCAAAAUUUAUAAUAUUCAAAAAUUUUUAUUUUUCAUUAAAUUAAAAUUGUUUCGUAAAUUGUAAUUGUAUAUAUAAUUAUGAAGAAUUUAUUUUUAUAUAUGCAUGUGUAUUUCAUCACAAUUUUAUCAUCAGUGAAAAAAAUUAUGAUUUUAUAAAUAUUUUUAUUUAUAAAAAGAAGAGAAAGAAAAAAAAAGAAACAAAGAAGCAAAAAUAUUUAAAAUUUUAAAUAUAUAUGAGGUUAUGAAGAUAACGCGUGCCAGUACACUUAUUGCAACAGGCUUGGGUCUUGCUGUAGUAGGUUUUACAGGACGUUAUAUAAUUAAAAAAAUGCCACAUUUAUCUCAAAAAAUGGCAGAAGUUUAUAAAAAUGUACCAAAAUUAAAUCCAAAGACUUUAGCAAACAGUAAAUAUUAUAAAGGUGGUUUUGAACCUAAAAUGACACGACGUGAAGCUAGUUUAAUCUUGGAUGUUUCACCAACUGCAAGUAAAAUGAAAGUAAAACAGCAAUUUAAAAAAAUCAUGGCUGUGAAUCAUCCAGAUCGAGGUGGAUCUCCAUAUAUUGCAGCAAAAAUUAAUGAAGCAAAAGAUUUAUUAGAAAAAUGAUAGUUAAAUGUAUGAAUAUAAAUAGUGUACAUGAAAUUUAUUAUAUGUAGUUUUAUAAACUUAAUUUCAAGUAAAUUUUUAUGUAUAUAUUUAAUAAUAUAAUGAUUUUAAAUAUUUUA